AUGCCUAGAGAAGAUGUGCCGAGCAAAAAGGAACCCACCAACACUAGGUUAACUAUAACACUAAGUAGUGAUCAAGUAUCAAACCAAUCACAAGAUGUGGAGAAGCAAUCGGUUAAUAAGCAUCGGUUCUGGAAGUGGGUUGUUGCUGCUUCCGAUAAAUUGGAUUCGCUUGGUGUCGAGGCAAAUGGUAUCGAACGUAUUUCACCGUAUGAGCGUGGUACUUCCAAAAGACAGUUUCUACAUGUGGCCGGAUUAUGGCUUAGCGCUGCCGGUGGACUGUCGUCGAUGUCUUCGUAUUUUUUAGGACCCUUGCUUUUCGAGCUGAGCUUUAAACAAUCAUUGGUUUCCGGGUUGGUCUCGAUGAUGAUCGGUUGUCUUGUCGCUGCUUACUGUUCGACAAUGGGUCCUCAGUCCGGUUGCAGACAGAUGGUAACAGCCAGGUUCCUUUUCGGAUGGUGGUUUGUGAAACUGGUUGCGCUGGCAUCGAUCGUCGGAGUCAUGGGCUGGUCUGUGGUCAACUGUGUGGUGGGCGGCGAGAUGUUGGCAUCAAUUUCUAACAACAAGGUUCCCCUUUGGGUUGGGAUUAUUAUCGUUACUGCUUGCUCGUUUCUAGUGGCAACUUUUGGUAUCAGACAGGUUCUAAGGGUGGAAACAUACUUCUCGAUCCCUGUCCUGACCUGUUUUCUGCUGCUUUACAUCUCUUCAAGCGAUAAGUAUCAUUUGAUCAAGAAUUUUAACAACAGCGAUGUUGAUCCGUCGACCAUCAAAGGAAACUGGCUCAGCUUCUUCUCGCUAUGUUACAGUAUUACUUCGACUUGGGGUUCCAUCACUGCCGAUUAUUACAUUUUAUUCCCAGAGGAUACAGCCAAGACUCAAGUGUUUCUGCUAACAUUUUUUGGUACGUUUUUACCGACACUUUUCGUCGGCAUUCUAGGCCUUCUGUUGGCUUCUGUUGCGGCAGUGUACGAACCCUGGGCUGAGGCUUACAAUGAGUAUGGUAUGGGAGGCCUAUUACACGCUGGUUUCGAACGUUGGAACGGUUUCGGUAAGUUCUGCGUCGUGGUUCUGAUCCUGAGUUUAAUCUCCAAUAACAUAAUCAACACGUAUUCCGCCGCAUUCUCCAUCCAGCUAUCGUCCGUGUUUGCUGCCCGCGUGCCACGUUGGUUCUGGUCUCUGUUCUGUACCGGCGUGUACCUUGUCUGUGCGUUGGUUGGCCGCAAUCACUUCAGCACCAUUCUAGGAAACUUCCUACCCAUGAUCGGCUACUGGAUUAGCAUGUAUUUCAUCCUUUUGCUGGAAGAGAACCUCAUCUUCAGAAGAUACUUCCUGCAUUUAUACACAAAAGAGUUCCCGCCAGAAAAGACUGAGGAUGAACAACCAGAGGUCGGUACGUCUUCCCGGAUGAACCUUCACAAAAUCAAGAGGAGGUUGCUGGCAUCAAAGAACAGAUACAACUGGGACAUGUGGAACAACUACGACGUGCUGACGCACGGUUACGCCGCUACAUUUGCGUUUUUGUGCGGUGUCGCUGGCGUUGUCGUUGGCAUGGCGCAGGCCUACUGGAUUGGCCCCAUCGCGGCCAAAUUCGGAAAAUCCGGCGGUGACAUAGCAAUGUGGCUAAGCAUGGCAUUCUCAGGCAUAGUAUACCCCUGGUGCCGGCUGCUGGAACUGAAGAAGUAUGGUCGUUAA